AUGCCAGGAGCCCUGUCCCAUGUGUGUGAUGGGUUUGCUCAGCCAUGGCCGCUGUCGGCACUGCCGACCCGGAGCGAUCACGAGCGCGUGGGGCCAGCAGCGCCCAGCUCCCCGCCGCCCGGCAGGUUCCUGCGGGACGACUACGCCGUGCAGGUGUCCAUCAAUGACCACCUGGACAUCUACUGUCCCCAUUACGAGGGAGCGGCGCCUGGUGGGCGCGCUGAGACCUUCACGCUCUUCAUGGUGGACCGCGAGGGCUAUCGCGGCUGCUACGCGACACCCAGCGCCUUCAAGCGCUGGGAGUGCAACCGGCCCCACGCGCCCUUUGGGCCCGUGCGCUUCUCUGAGAAGAUCCAGCGCUUCUCGCCCUUCCCGCUCGGCUUUGAGUUCCAGCCGGGGGAGACCUACUACUACAUCUGUGAGUGCCUGGUGCCGGAGGGGCCGUGGGCAACAGGGGCUGCGGGCGCCGCGGGGGCCAGGCCGGGCAUGCCGGAGAGCUGGAGGAACCGGGAGUCUGGGCAUGCUGGGGCCUGGAUGCACUGA